CUCUCAUAUUAGAGAGCCAUGCAAUAUUUAACCUUCUGCAGGAAAAUGGAUGCAUCUUGAGACCAUAAUACUGAGUGAAGUAAGGUAUUUUGUAUUUAGAUGACAUGUAGCUACGAGCCUCAGCGAUUUAAAACUAUGAGCCACACCUUUUUCUUAGCAAGAGUAACUAAUAAAAUGGGAAAGAUCUCAUCCAUAUUUACUUGUUACAAACCUGAAAAUCACUCUUAAACUGAAUUCCCCAUUUUCAUCUUAGCCUUCUUCACUUGGGCUCCCUGUUUGUAUUGAUGGAAACUUGUCCCCUUGGAUACCAGACCUGAAACCUCAGGGUCCCUUUUGUCUUCUCUCACGUGCGUGUGAGCAUACACACUCAUACGUUUGUGUGAUAUUGCUGGGUAUGUUCUUUCACCUUGUUGUUUGUGUUUUCUCAUUUCUAAUCCACUUACUGCCCCGAUUGAGGGUCUUACCACCACUCAUUUAGUCUUCUGACUAGUUAGUUAAAGAAUUGGGGAUAUUUAAGGUGGAGAAGGAAAGAUUGGAGGAGAGCGGAUUAGGAAGUAUGUUUCUAAAUGUCAGCUGGAUUGUCAAGUGGAAGGAGAGAAUACACAGGACAUCAGUGGACAUUACAGGGGACAGAACUUUGCUUCCAUAUGCCAUCUUUCCAUCAAGCGUAGUUGUUUAAAAUUAGCGCGGUUCAUGUAGUUACUAUGGGCGCUCUAGAACAGUUGCAGUUAAAACAUGACCGAUUUUAAACAUGCGGUGGUAUUUUCAGUUUGUGCCGUGCUCACCCAGUCCUGAGCCCCUGUCUGCAAGUGUGGCAGAGCCGAAGGAGCCCCGGGUCGGGCUCAUUACUGCAGGUCACUCUGGGCACUUGAACCCGAUUAGCAGUUAAUGUUAGGGCCUCUGAACAAGACACGGAGAGAUUCCUUGGGAUGGGAUGAUAUUUUUUCAGUCGUUUAAAUUGACACACUUUCUUUCACUGCUCCUCUCCACCUAAUCACUGUUGAUGAUGGAGAGAUCACUAAUAGAUGGGUGUGCAUUGUACAGGAGUAGUGGUCAAAACUACUGUUACCCUGUGUAGUUACUAUUAAUGCUUUGUGAGUUCUCUUUCAAUCCUGACAUUCUGACACCUUCAGUCCUUAUAGGGCUUGAUUAUGUUUUGUUGAUUAAAUGAUUUGUUUGACUUCUUGUGUUACUUAUAUUCAGACUGCACAUGUAAUAGCUUGGAAAGUUGCAUUUUAAAGUAUGGAUGCUCCAGACAUUUGUGGUUACAUUGGAUUCAUCAGAGGUUACUAAGAUUCUGGCAUAAUUGAAAUUUGUUUAUCAAGCUAUAGCAAGAGUUAUGUUCUUCACAGAGUGAGAUCAGGGCUUCAGAGAAGCCCGUCUUCAGCCAUGCAGAUAGCAGCAGCAGUGCCUCCUGCAGCCAUAGGGCCCAUUGAGUCACUGGCGCUCUUUACCCCCUUUCUCUGGUUACAGGCUUGACGUGCAGUGCUGCCACACGUGUGCAUGUGUGAGGGGAACGGAUACCAUGCUCGGUACUGCUUUUCUCCUGCGUGUGUUUCACCUUUUAUGUCUGAGAAGGAAAGGAUUACAUUUUAUUUAAGUCAUCACUAUAAAGUAGCUGUGCAUGGACACAGGGCUUUUAACUAAUGGGUGUACUCUGAGGCCCUUUAAGAGUGUUUAUAACAUGUGUCCUUAGGGCAGAACUCUUCCUGUCUGCUGUCAGCCCUUUAUUCUCCUUUUAAAACCUUUUUCUGAACAUGCAUGCUCUGCUCAUACCAUGUUGCUAUUCCUGUCUUACUGUUAUCUAUCUUGCCUAACUUAGCUCUAAAAGGGUCCUCUGUCUCUGUCUCUCUCUCUCUCUCGCUAACUCUACAUAUUAACUUACCAGUAUAUAUUUGAAGUUCUUUUUUUUUUCUGGUACCGGGGAUCGAACUCAGGACCUUGUGCUUGGAGGCAGGCUACAUCCCUGGCCCCUUGAAGUUCUUCAUAGUUACAGACAGUUGGGGAACUGGUACAUAUACACUCUGCACCUUAAUCACUUUUACUUCCCCUUCCCCGCCUACCCUAUCCUCUUCACCCUCCUUUCUUCUUCUCUGUUUAUUACUGCAUGUUUGUGGUACACAAAGAUGAACAUUUGCUGUGGGGAGUCGGUACCUAAGGAUGUCACAUCUUAGUCCUUUUUACUUCCUCUUCCCUUCAACCUUUUCUUACAUCUGCCCUUACCACUUCCUUUUUUUUUUUCACUAAGCAUUCUGGGCCCAUGGGCAUCUUUUGAAGAGAAUUUAUAAUCUAAACAGGUUUUAGAGUACAGGUUCAGGUAUGAAAGAUCAGCAGGUGUAGAAGAAGGAAGAAUAGAAGUGGACACAUUGAUGUUUCUGUAAACAAAAAACUGAAAUGAAGAGAAGAAAUUAAGAGCAGAGAUGAUAGCUGAUAAGCUAUUGAUACUUGUUACUAAAAAUGCAAACAUGUAGAAAAGAUUAUAAUAGAAGAAAAACUUAGAGUAGACCCUCACUCAGUUCAUUUUAUUUUAUGACAUGGUUAAAAGCUCAUCAAAAAUUCUAAAUCAAUAUCUGAAUUUCAUCUUGCUAUACUAUUUGAGGAUGUCCAGGCAUAUACAAAUACCGAAAGCCUGCAUGCUUAUCCACUGUCCAGUGUGACUUAGAUGUGUUCUGUAUAAUCAGCUCCUAAGUGCUGUGGGGACUUUAAAUCCCAGGUGACCUUAAAUCUUCAAUGGUAAAACAUAUCUGUUGGCAGAUGGCACAGGCCGAUUGCCUUCACCCAUCCUUCAAGUCCAUCGACUCGAGCACGUGCCUCAGACUUGUUCAUGUUGGGAAGAUGACAUCCGGUGUCAGUUGAUUUUCACACGAAGCGUUGAUGAUUUGCCUUUCACGAGAACUCUGCUCAGGCCCCAGCCUGCUUUUGGUACAGUAUAGCUUAAGGCUUAUCUAGAUAGCGUGAUUUGUGUUCACUGAGCUAGGGUUACACAGAGUUUUCUUCUCUAAUUAGAGAUGUGUCAGAAUGUAAGCAGUGAACAGAAACAUGGAGAAGGUGGAUGGUGAGAUCUGGUAGAAUAUGUAUGAGUAAAGAAUGCAUAUUUUUUCUGAACAUUCUGUCUGAAAAAAGAUUUAGUGGUUGCCCUAAAGUUUUAAGAAAUACACUAGAAGUGCUUUCUGAAAAAGUAAUUUGGAGGUUGUGGAAAAUGUUAUUUUGGUGGUUUUCCAGACUGAGGCUUGUACCACCAGAAUAAACAAGGACUUUGGCAGGAUCAGUUUGGUCGUGGGUCAGCCCGAGCAGGAAGUGUCUUGUUCCUGGAGGGCUUGAGGUACUCUGGGUAAUGGCGAAAUCAGCACUGUGUGCUGUGGACAGGUGGCUGUCUUCAGAAGGGUCUUGGUAGGGAGCCAGCCGGGCGAACUCCUGGCCUUCUGGCCUUUGCCUCUUAGGUGCACAGUGCUGUCUUUAGUGCCUGUCUUUAGACAGGUGAAUUUUAACUCACUUUAAGUUUAUUUUUAAGACUAGAGAAGUUUUUGGAAUGGGAGUUUGUGGAUGAAGAUAUUUCAGAAUUCUGGAAUGACACUGUUCUUACUCUUAGGGUUCUUUGUGGUUUCCUCUUUUGUGUUUCUUUUGCUCAUUUGAUGUUAAAAGUGUUAAGUAUUGUUUGUUUUGCUUUUCCUGGGCUCAUCUCACACAAAUGGAAAGAAUAGACUGAACAAACUGAAUGUUAAUUUAUUCUUUUUCCUCUUUCCAAAUCUCAUGACACUUAUUUUAAGGUGAAACAAAAAUUGUGAAUAACAAAGAAUAUCCUUUAAGUAAUUUUAGUCAAAGCUGCCCUGGGGAAUUAAAUUAAGGAAGUGAAGUUUUCACAUGACUAAAUAGCUGAAUCUGGUGGCUUUGAGAACUGUAAGAAUAGAGUUGUUCACCAUAAAAACACAAAUAAAAAAUGGCUCAGCUUUUAAAAAAAUCUGUAAGCUAUUUUUUAUUUUGAGACAGAGUCUCACUAAGUCACUACGUUGCCCAGUCUGGGCUUGAACUUUCAAUCCUGCCUUGGCCUCCUAGAGUGCUGAGAAUGCAGCUGUGUGCCACUACGCCCAACCUGAGUAAUUUAUUUUCACAUAAUUUUGUUAUUUUAAAAGAGGCUUAUGUGAACAAUUUAAAUACUGAAGAGAACCACAAAGAGCUUCUUUUAACGUCAUUGAUAUUUUACAUAUUAGGGGCUUUAACCCUUUGAAUAUGCAGUAAGAAUUGAAUUUUUAUUGUUUGUUGGGAUUCUAACUCAGCCUUGUCAUGCUGUUUUUCUUCUUCCUCUGCAGAUGCUUUCAUUUUUAUGUGAUUAUGUUUUUCUUCCUGACUUCUGGUUUUUCACACCAUGCUAUAUCAAAAUUGUUUAGAUUAUUUUAAUCUGUCUUUCUUGUAGCAUACACACAUAUGCUCUGGUGUUGCAUUUGCAUUUUGGAUUCAUUUUAAAUUCAUAAUGUGUGAGGUAGUCAUCAGCCUUUACUUUUAAGCUGGCUUGCUUAUUAUUCUAGUAUUAUUAAAUUAGCCAUUUUUUCUCACUGAUGUGAAAUAUCAUAUCAGGUACUAAAUUCUCAAAUAUGCUUGGGUGUAUUUCUAUAUCCCCUAUUAUGUUUUAUUUGGUGUCAUCUUGUGCUAAUAAGAAUAAUAAAUUUAAUUAGUACUGAAGUUUAAUUACUGUGGUCUUAUAAUGAGUCUAAUAUGCAGUAAGGCAAAUCUCAUUAGGUAUUUUUGGUUAUUCCUUUAUAAAGUGUCUCAAUUUAUAACACUUUUCAACAUGGUUCAAGGGAUCACCUUUCAAAAUAGUCUCUGCUCUAGUUUUAGAAACAGUCAUUUAAAGUUUUUGUUAUAAAGUAAGUUUCAAUCUUUAUGAAAGAAUGGAGGGCCAGGGGUUUGGCUCGGUGGUUCCACCGCCUGCCUUGCAGGCGCUGGGUCCUGAGUUUGAUCCCGGGUACCAAAAAGAAAGAAUGGAAUUCAAUUUUAGUCAUAUGAAAAAUAGCUCUACUGAAUUAUUAAAUGAGUGACAACUUAUCUUUAGUUCAAUCCUGUGAUGAUUCUGUUAUUCUCAAUACUCUCUAUAACAAUGACAAUAAAAGUACUCUUAUGGAAUAGUUAAGGAUAUGGUCCAGAAACAUUUCAAAUGUCUCACAUUUGGGGAUAAAAUAUUCUGAGUAAAUAGUCUACGUAGCAGGAAUUUUAGCUAAAAAUAACAAAAAGGAAGAAAUCAGCAAUUUAGCCCACUGUAAAUUCCUUGAGGUCAGGAUAUCGCCUGUUAAUUUCUGUGUCUGUGGUCGCAUUUUGCCUGCUUGUUGGUUUGUUUAGGAGGAUCGUCUGCGUGCAGACUGCCCUGGGAGCCGCCUCAUUAGGCCCUGUCCUUUGACUCCCUGACUCCUGCCAAGGACCGGCCCAAGUGCUGGCUUCUGGCACUGGGAACUGCAGAACCAGUCUCCUGUGGCCUACAUUUUCUGCUUUAGGAAGAGAUACAUGCAUGUACAUUCUCUUAAAACUUCUGGAUUUAGAAGAUUCGAGAAUCUGGCUCUGGUGUUCCUGUAUGGCCUUCCCUGCUCUGAGGAGAGGGAACAAAAUUCUCACCCUGGUCUGCAAGGCCCUGUGAGCUCCAGCCCUGCAGUGCAACUGAAGCCUCGCCUCUCGGACUCUGUGCUGUGGACAUACUGGCUUUCCAGAAUUCCUCCAGUAGAUCAUGUUUUCUCCGCCCUAGACCUGUAAGAUUUUAUCACAUACCUCAGUUUUCCCUUAAGUGAAGUUAUGGAGCACACACUUAGGAGCUACAUUUAAUUUGAUUUUAAAUCAGUACAGAAGAAUGCAAUCAAGUGAUGGCUUUUUCGUUAGAAUUUGAAUAUGGAGGCUACGGGGACAGAUGAAGUUGACAAACUAAAAACUAAAUUUAUAUCUGCUUGGAACAACAUGAAGUAUAGUUGGGUGUUGAAAACAAAGACAUAUUUUAGUAGAAAUUCCCCUGUGUUGUUGCUUGGAAAAUGUUACCAUUUUAAAUAUGAAGAUGAAAAUAAAAUGUUAACUGCAAGGUCAGGUUGUACAAUAGAAGAUCGUGUGAUUGCGGGAAAUGUAGAAGAAUUUCGUAAAGAUUUCAUUUCCAGAGUCUGGCUGACCUACAGGGAGGAAUUUCCUCCAAUAGAAGGCUCAGCGUGGACGACCGACUGCGGCUGGGGCUGUACGCUGAGGUCGGGCCAGAUGCUGCUGGCCCAAGGGCUCAUGCUCCACUUUCUUGGUAGAGCUUGGACCUGGCCUGAUGCACUAAAUAUUGAAAAUUCAGACUCCGAGUCAUGGACUUCGCACACUGUAAAAAAGUUUACUGCAUCCUUCGAAGCGUCACUUUCAGGAGAAAGAGAACUAAAAACUCCAACCACUUCUCUGAAGGAAACAAUUGGGAAAUAUUCUGAUGACUGUGAAGUGCAAAAUGAGAUUUAUCACAGGAAAAUCAUCUCUUGGUUUGGCGAUUCCCCAUUGGCUCUCUUUGGCUUGCAUCAACUAAUAGAACAUGGAAAGAAGUCUGGGAAAAAGGCUGGAGACUGGUAUGGACCAGCGGUAGUUGCUCACAUUUUAAGAAAAGCAGUUGAAGAAGCAAGACACCCUGAUUUACAAGGAAUAACUGUUUAUGUUGCACAAGAUUGUACAGUUUACAGUUCAGAUGUGAUUGAUAAACAGAGUGCUUCCAUGAGCUCUGGUCACGCAGACAGCAAAGCUGUUAUUGUUCUAGUUCCUGUUAGGCUUGGAGGAGAGAAAACCAACACCGACUACUUGGAGUUCGUGAAGGGGAUUUUAAGCCUUGAAUAUUGUGUGGGUAUUAUUGGUGGCAAACCUAAACAGUCCUAUUACUUUGCUGGAUUUCAAGAUGACAGUUUGAUUUACAUGGACCCUCAUUACUGCCAGUCUUUUGUAGAUGUCAGCAUAAAGGAUUUCCCUCUUGAGACAUUCCACUGCCCUUCUCCCAAAAAGAUGUCGUUUCGAAAAAUGGAUCCUAGCUGUACAAUAGGAUUUUACUGUCGAAAUGUUCAGGACUUCCAACGAGCUUCUGAAGAUAUCACUAAGAUGCUGAAAAUGUCAUCUAAGGAGAAAUAUCCCUUGUUUACUUUUGUACAUGGACCUUCCAGAGACUAUGAUUUUACAUCUACUACGGCUAGUGAAGAAGGCCUUUUCUCAGAGGAUGAAAAGAAAAGAUUAAAAAGAUUCAGCACAGAGGAGUUUGUCUUACUGUAGGGACGAACACACAUCUGUGCUUGUUGAGAAGAACUCAUUUGGCAGGGGAAGUGAAGAAUAGCAAGUACAUUUGAUGCUUUUUUAUAGAUUAAUUUUGUAUGUUCUUUAAAAAGCAUUUGAAAAUAUACAAGUUCAAAGAUAUUUUUCUGAAAUGACUGAAUGACUCUUCCUUUCUAAUAAAUAUGAAGUGAUUCUGGUUGCAUUUCUGUGCCCCUGAGAUCUGCUAUGAACCUCCUCCUGAACUGCAAGCCCGUACCUUCUGAGUCUCCCCCUGCUGCCCUGGAGGUGUGUGCGAGGCCCCUCUAAGUCUUCAGUCACCAGAUAGUUCCAAAGCCUCAGUUUCUGUUAAUGACCAGGAGGCCAGAGAAAGAGUCCUCAGUGGUACAUAGACUCCUGCUGCUAAUGCAACUGGAGGACUCUUUGGGAUGUACCCUAAUAAUUUGCACAGUACAUGUUAGCUGUGAUGUGCAUAUAAUUACAUAAGCGGGAUUCUGCGCUGAGAUCAUACUUAGCAAUAUGAUUUUAUAACAGCUCUUUGUUAAGCUUGCAGAUGUACUUUCUAUGAGGACUGGAUGAGUAUUAGCUUUUCCCACAGAUUUAAAGGUUAUGUUAUUAAUAGUAACUGCAUCCAUUCAAAUCAGAUAGUGGAAAUAUAAAAUAGUAGUAGUGUUUGUUUCCUACCUCAAAAAUGGAAUUUUAUGAGAAUUCAGCUUAUGUAGUUUUAAAAUCUGCAGAUAAGUACCAGGAAAGGCAGGAAUAGAUUCUCCUCUGAUGUUUGUUAUUUGUCUAAAGCAGUAUAGUAGUGUUUAGAAACUGAGGCCAUUUACAAAGUAAAUCUGCCUUAAGUGUGUUAUGUGCUACUUAAAGGCAAAUUUGUGAUGUAAAAUAUCAGUUAUUAUUGAGCCAAGAUUAUAAAAUAAAUACUUUAAUAAAGAUAUGAGAACAUAAAA